UGCAUCUUUUUUUUUAAGUUUGAGCUGAAGACAUGACUGGCAAAAUAUAUCAUUCCCUCUUGUGAUUGUGACACGCUGGAAACCUGGUGCAGUGUCACGGCUCUUGAACUGCCUUUCCAGGCUUCAGAUCGUAGCAUUCAGCUAGGGACCAAAAACAGGAGCGUGGCGGAGGUUAGAAGUCUGGAACAAUGGGUGACUGGAGCUUUCUGGGGAGACUAUUAGAGAAUGCACAGGAGCACUCCACGGUCAUUGGCAAAGUUUGGCUGACCGUGCUGUUUAUCUUCAGAAUCCUGGUGCUGGGAGCUGCUGCUGAGGAGGUCUGGGGAGAUGAGCAAUCGGACUUUACCUGCAACACUCAGCAACCUGGUUGCGAAAAUGUCUGCUAUGACAAAGCCUUCCCCAUCUCCCAUAUCCGCUUCUGGGUGCUGCAGAUCAUCUUUGUGUCCACUCCAACACUUAUCUACUUGGGCCACGUGCUCCACAUUGUGCGCAUGGAGGAGAAGAAGAAACAGAAAGAGGAAGAGCUGAAAAGGAAGGGGAGCUGCAAAGACAUCAUCCAUUUGGGGACAGCAGCUGGAGGCAACAACAACUGUGUCAGCAAAAAGGAGCCACCUCCCAAGAAGAAAGAGAAGCUACCGAUCCGCGAUGAGCGUGGUAAGAUCCGCAUUGGGGGUGCCCUGCUCCGCACCUACGUCUUCAACAUAAUUUUCAAAACUCUUUUUGAAGUGGGCUUCAUUGUGGGCCAGUAUUUCCUUUAUGGCUUUGAGCUGAAGCCUCUCUACCGCUGCAGCCGCUGGCCCUGCCCCAACAUCGUGGACUGCUUCAUUUCUCGGCCCACCGAGAAGACCAUCUUCAUCAUCUUCAUGCUGGUGGUGGCCUGUGUCUCACUGCUGCUCAACAUGCUUGAGAUCUACCACCUGGGAUGGAAGAAGCUCAAGCAGGGCAUGACCAACCACUACACCCCUGACACCAUAACAGCUGUGGAACCAGUUAUAAUAGAAGGAGAUGCCAAGCUUGCAUCCAUGCCUCCACCACCACCAGUAGUGAUAACAGCCCAUGCUGCCCUGCCUGUUCUGCCUGACACUCGAGCUGUCACCCCUCUGCUCACUCCAGCUGCUGUGCCACCUUACUAUGCUGAGUCCCCUGUUAAGGCACAACCAUCUGCCUCACCUUCUGCAGCCAGCUAUCCUGUGGCUCCCCCAGUUGCUGAGGAGCAGCAGAAAACUGCCACCCCCACCCCAGCCUCCUCACCAAUCCCAACGCCAACCCCCAUCCCAACGCCCACACUGGCUGUCAUCAAUUACUUGAAUGCCAGCAGCCAAGCUUCAGCUGCUGAGCAGAACUGGGCCAACAUGGCAGUUGAGGAGCAGAAGAAGCCACCACCUUCCAGCUCAGCAGCUUCCUCUACCCCCAGCAGUGUCCGACAACAGCUUCCAGAGCCAGAGGAGCCAGUUGAGCAGCCACCACUACCACCACCUCCAGAGCUACCUGUGGCAGCAGCCAACAGUGUGGGCAGCAGUACCAGCCUGAGUGGGGGAAGUGGAAGCAAGUGGGAUAUAGAAGGGGAAGAGGAGCCUUUGGAGGAAAGGCCUGUUUCACCCGCCUCUCCUGCAUCACCUGCCUCACCUGUCUUGCCUGCGUCACCCAUGUCACCUGCCUGUACCACAGUGGAGAUGCCUGAUCCAGCGCUGCUCAUAGACACACGGCGCUUAAGCAGGGCUAGUAAGUCCAGCAGCAGCAGAGCCAGGUCAGAUGACUUGGCUGUGUAGCAUGGUUUCCAGUGCUGGGAGAAGCAGAUGAUAAAAGCAAAGUGUAAUGGGGAACCACGUGGUGUGGGAGGGAGACCAGACCCCAGGCCAGGGGAUGAGGGAGGCUGGGGUUCCAAACUUUGAAGCUUGCUGUUCUUGCACUCUGUGAGUUGUAGUGGGGAUAAAUAUUGACAUUUUCUAGUAGGUCAGGGGUGGCUGAAGCACAGCCCAUGGGCCAAGGGACCAAACCCGCACUCAUUGAUGUCAGUGACAGAACUCUCAGUGCCAUCCAGAUGGGAGGUCUGCACAGAUGACAGGUGUCAGUGGCAGCUGGGCAUGCACCCUCAUAUUGAUGCUCUCCCAAGAGAAACAUUAGCACAUUUUGUGCUCCUGUGCCUGUCAUCUUUCAUCUUACCCUUGCCUUCACUUCCACUUUCCCCUGUGUGAACUCUGAGGUCCUGCUUUCUUUCCUUUCUCUUAAACCACACUUCCCUGACAAUGAGAAUGGCACAUGGCCUGGUGGCACCUGUCAUCUCCGUGGACCAACCUGACAGAGCAGGGUGAUUCCAUUUAAUAUGAAUUAGGGCAGCCUUUAUGUUCAUGGCAAAUUGCCAAUGCAGCCCUUUAGUUAGACAAAGUUUGGGUAACCCCAUAGUAGAUUUAAUUAUUCCUGAGCUUCAUCUUUCUGUUUUUCCCCCAACUCUUGACCUGUAAGGAAGUGCCUAGUUUACCUUUAUCUAGUAUUUGCCAACCAUGACCACACAAUGUUUUUAAGCACAUGGAUUCUUUUGAAUAUCUUUAGCUUUAUUUUUAUUUUGACAUUUGAAAUUGCUUAGAGAAGGAGAGAAAGUAAACCACACACCUCAGAAAGUGUUGCACACAACAGUUUUACUUCAGAAAAUAAGAAUUAUAGUUUCAUCACAUUUUGGCCCUGUAUGUUGUAGCCUGACAAUAGAUUAGUAUAGAGCUCAGUGUUUUAGACUGAUACAAAGUUAGCUUAAGCCAGCUGGAAGGAAUGCUUAGUAGAAGUAACAUUGAGUGCACAUCUUAAAGUAUCUGAACAUUUCUAGAAUAAUUUUAAUCUGUUUGUUAAAAAUUACUUGACAGUGUAUUUAUACAUUUUAGUUUGAUCCUUGAUCUCAUAGGAGAAAGUAAUGGGAAACAAUUUUAGUCACAUUAAACAUUUGUAGCAACAUUCUUUCCUGCUAUGUGCUGAUAAGUGGCCCUUUCCUACAGUAAAUUGUAACAGUCUUACAAGUCAGUACUCACAAACAUAGAAUACAGCCUGUUAUGGGAAAAAUGACUAGAGUAACAUGGUGAUCUUCUAGGGUUUAGGGUCCUAUUCUGAUCCCACUAAAGGAAAUUGCAGCAUGGGCACGUCUACACAAGAUGCUAAAAGCUCAGUAAACUAAUUCUACUAUGCAUUAGCACGUCACAGUGAAAGCUGUGCUAAUGUGCAGUAAAGUUAGUCUACUGAGAAUUAGCAUCACCUAAGAUGUACACUGGCACUACUGCACAGUAAUGCCAAUUAGGCACAUUAAGUUAGUACCUGUUAUUACAGGUACUAAACUCAAUGUGCCAUAGGCCCAUUAGUGCACGUGUAGACAUGACCCAGAUGCAUAAAAUUCAAUAGGAGCAGGAUUAAGUCUCUGAUUUUGCAGGCUUUACUUAAAAAAAGUUGCAGCUGAAGUUAAGUGGAGUUUGGGCAGGACAGUGACGUGGGGGGGAGGAGGCUACAUGCAUACAUACAAGUGAGCUUUUUAAAGAGUUGUCCAUUUUCCUUAAAAAGCUGGUGGUUGGAUGUUAUCUAAGGAGACAGUUCCCUUUAAAAGAGCAUAAAUUCUUAAUUUCCUUAUACCAAAUGCUGUCCUGGAAGUUAAUCAACAUUUUGAAUGCCUGGUCAAGCUGAGGAAAAGUUUGGGUGCAGCUGGGCAGGCAAAGAUCCAACUUUUGUUCUGGUAGUUCCAAUGCAAAUUUAAGUUAGCUGAAGUCGAGCUGUAUUGUAACUGCUGCCAUAGUGCUGGGCUGCUAUAAUUAGAGCAGUGCAGUAAGCACACUUAAAUAACCCUGCACAUUUUCAGUGGCUUGGCCUGCUCCUGUGAUCCUCUCUCAGGCAAAGCUGGGAUCAGGUCCCUCUUGCUGAAGAUUACAAGUGCGAACUGCCUCUCCCCACAUACAUAUCUUUCCCAUAACAGGUUUAUUUUACUAAACAAUUAGCAAAAGUAUUUUCCAUCAACACAGACUAAAUUUUUAUAUUUGUUGUAUCUCCUAAAGAGACUUAAAGAGUUCUUUCAAUAUUAGGGCUCGUGCUCUGCAGCCCCUAUUUAUGCCAUUUGUCUCACUGACAUCAAUUGACCUACUGCGUGAACAAGGAUCAUGUGAUGGGGGUUUGUACUGCUAACGGUCUGGGGAUAGAGAUUGCAUAUAUAUUGCAUUUGCUGAUAUGCUGAUGAACAAAUAGCAUAUGAACAGUAGCUAUGAUUUAAGUGUCAAGUUUUAAGCAUCCUCUCAUGAACUCUCUAUGUUUUAAGCCAUAAUAGAUCUUUCUACAAGCAAAUAGCUAAAUUCUGGUCCUUUUUACACCCAUCCCACACCAAUGAAGCUAGCGUGUAGUCAGCAUGGGUGCCUGGAUGUAAACAGGGACAACAUUUAGCCCUGAACAUUUUUAGAUGUAUUAACAUUUUAGCAGUUGUGAUAAUUGUCAAGUCAUUCUAUUGCUACAGUCACACAAAGUGCAUCUCUGGGUUUUAAUGACAUGUUUUAGAUGACAGCAUCAACAUUCAAGAGGCCAAAUUCUAUACUCUCUUGCACCACUGUAAAGUGAAAUCAGUGUAGUCUCUAGCAGUGUUCUGGUGUAACUAAGGCCUCAGUUUAAAGAAGGGCUUUGAAUAUAUGCUCUGUUAUUUCUAGGCUUGAGUGCAGAAUUUGGCCUAUUGUUACAUAGGGUCCCAAAUCCUGUAGUCCCUGCUCAAGCAAAAGUCUUAUUGAGUAGGUCCUGCAGGAUUGCAUCCAUAUUAUAUAUAAAAACCAAAAGAGCAGAGAUACUUAGAGCUUGCUUGAGGUCAGCUUUAGUCUGCCACUUGCAGAAAUAUAUCUGUGGUUCAUCCUGCAUAGAGUUCAAAUACUUUUGUGGCAUGUGGUAUUUUCAGGUAUCAUAUGGACUGGGAAACUGCAAAAGAUCCAUUAGUUAUAUAGGGAUGGGGGGCAAAAUGCAAUUAUAACGGUGUCCCCAGGAGCAACCUGAUCUAACAGCCUCCAGACCAAAUCAAUAGUGACUUGAAAAAACGGUAGAUAAAACAAAGCUAGGCUACAACUCACAGGUUGUGUCUUUAACACCGGCUUCUUAAGUUCUGCUGUAACAAGUGUAAAAUGGAAAAUGUCUUGGUUACGGACAAUUUAAUUUUGAAUGUGAUACUGUUUCUUACUUUCACUUUUAGUAACUAAUCCUGCAGAGGAAAAGCUCCCAUUGAUUUGAGGAGCAGCAUUGACCCUUGGAGGGCUGCAGGAUUAGAUCUGUGAUUGAAUCACUUUGAACAGUCUCACUGGUGGGACAAAUCCUGAGAGCUUUACUCAUUUUUUUACUCAUGUAAUUACUAUUUAAAGCAAUGGUUGUCUUCUGAGUAAAGAAUAAGUAACAACUUCAGGAUCUGACCUGCUAUGUACAACAUAAACAUAUGUUUAUCUUGAUCCAAAGUUAAAGAAAAGAUUUAGAUGAGAUCCCAUAUAGUGCUAUUGGUCCCAGUUCUCACACUUUUUAAUGAGGCAAAACUCCCAUUGAAGGUAUAGAAUUCUCCCUGAUGGAGGAGUACAAAUGUAAGUUAUUGAGAUUAAAAUAUUGAUGUUUUUAAUCAGAACGUGGGCAGAAGGCACACAUUUAAAUGUUCAAAAACAUGUUUCUGAAGUGCCUGUUUUAAAUAAAAAUUAAAAUCAGACUCAGUUCACACCUCAAGGCAGGUUAGGAAAACAAUUUAAACACCAGGAAGUAACAAAUUGUGUGUGGUAGGACAGUGUUUGUAGGUGGAAACAUUCAUUAGUUUUUCAGGUCAAUUUGUCUGUCAUACUUUGUUUAAAAAAUAAAAUGGUAGCAGAUGUUACUUUAAACAGGCCUGAUCUUUACACAGGUCCCAAUCUUGGAAAGUCUUACACAUGUCCCUAACUGAAAGCAAGUGCGUAAGUCAUAGCAGGGUUGGAAUGUCAUUAAAAAACAGCUGAAUCGUGCCUUCUAAUAUAAAGUCAAAACAAGUAAUCAUAUUCACUGGAUGGAUGGAUGGAUGGAUGGAUGGAUGGAUGGUGUGAAAAAUUGUUACGGACUGUGUUAAAAGUUUAAUAGAGAAAAACAUGUGCUAAAAUAUGUAAAAGAAAAGAAGCAGAAAAAAUGUACCUUGAACAGUUACCAGGUAUAUGGCAUGCUAUUUUUUUGCAAUAAUUCAAAGUGAUCUAUUGGCCAUCAUUUUCAAGAAUCACUAAUUUAAUUAUAUAUAUUUUGGAGUAUUUUUGAUAAAUUUCAAUGAAAGAUAAGAAAAAUAUAAAGAAAAUGUUAUUAAUAAACACAUAUGUGGCCAACCGUAUUUUUAUAUCCGUUUCUGUGUUUGGGCCUAUUUAUCUUUGCUGGUAACCAGUAUCAAAAAAUUAAGUACAGGUGAUUUUAUUGCUGCACAAUUUUUUCCUUUAUGUUUGGAUUCAGUGAAGACAGUGAUAGAAUCUCCUGGUAACUUGUCUUUUGUUAAUGAUUGAACAUAUACUGUGUAAAAAUCUAGCUCUUGAUUUUUCAUGAAGAAGAAAAGAGAUGGUCUUUACAUCAUUGCUCUCUCUCAGCACUGACUUCUGGUUUCUUGCAAACAAGUAGCAUGCACUGAAAAGACACAAUGGGCCAGAGUCUUCUCUGGUGCAUUUCUGAAGCCAGUUAAUAGGUAUAGGAAACCCCUUAUGCCAUUAUACAAGGGGUUAUUUUGCCACAAUAUAUUUAACAUCCAUAAAGGCACUUAUCACUAAUUAAGUGCACUGUUAUACAGUAAUUCUUCUGGUAUGAACACCAAAGCGUAGGACCAGUAAAAUAAUUUGAACCAUCUUAAAAAACAAACAAAAAACCAUCAACCCAACCUGUAGGUCCUUUUCUAGUCAAACUGGAAGCCAGAGUCUCAUCUGGUGUGAAUUAUCGUUGCUCCAUGGUUUCAGUUUGCAUAAGGUGAGGCUCUAGGCCCUCGUUUUUUAUUUAUUAAAUCCCUGAACACUGAACAAGCUGUUUUUUCCUAAAAUGAAUUUUUUUCCUUUUUUUUCUGUUGUGAAUUGUGUACUCUACUUGUAAUUUUGGGUUUUCUGAAGUUUACAUUCAAUUUUUUAUUUCGGACUGUACAUUUGGACUGAAUACACUAUUUUGGAAGUUUACAUUGGUGUAACAUAUUAAAAGAAUGACCCAGCCAAUGCUUUAAUCCUAAAAAAAAGUCUUAAUCAAACACAGGCAGGCAAGGUUCUUUG